ACGUGUGGCCUACCAACUUCCUGUGUCUGCACCAUGGUCUGCACAGACAGAGCGUAAAGAAACAGACUGUCAGUAUGUCAGCGCUCCUCCGCAGACUGCCGAGGAUCGGCAACUCAUCCAAGACGUGUCUGCGUCUCAUUUUGCGCGAAACACGCGAACAAACUUCCGCCCCGACCCCCCGGUGCGGAGCGGGGCUCUGUGCGGGAUCUCUGACGGCGUUCAGUCCCGCACAGAGCCGCGGGCAGCAUACGGAGGCUGUGGAUCCGCUGGAGGUGGAUCUGAGACGUUUAGAGGGAGAGGACGACGGUAAGAACACGCAGAGGUUACCGUGGAGACAGUCUGAGUUAGGCUGUAGACACAGAGUGAAGCUGUGAAGACAAACUUAAUGUACAGAAACACAGUUCAGGUGUGCAGGGAAACACACUUAAGCUCUGCAGCUUGUUGUAUUUGAUUGUUUGAACUUACUUUAGGGUCACUUUUGUAGAAAAAACAGAUGAAACUCCCAUAGCUGGUAGAAAUGGAUAACUUUUGGAUGCUUCAUUAAUGUAAUAUUUAACCUGUGUUGAGUUGCAUGGGAGUGUUGAAGUCUGGAGAGAGUGUAAUGUCUUCACAGGAAGUAAGAGGACAAGUCAGAGCUUGAAACCUCAGCAUAUUUGCCACAGUGUCAACAAGCAGAAUGAAAGUGUACAGAAUGACCAGGGUUACAAAGGGGCGGAAAAUUUCCAGAAACUUUCCAUGGGAAGUUAAACUUGAGAAUUUUUGAAAUAUUCCAAAUUGGAUACUUUACAUGGGAAUUAUUGGGAAUUAAUGGGAAUUAACUGGAAAUUGGGGGUAAUUAAAACUAACUGUAUCAUCUCUGAACAUAAAUGUAAAUAUUUUUGUUUUGUCAUAAGCAGACAUCCAUGCAAAAUAAUACAAGUAAUGGCAAUGAACAAUGGCAUGAACAGAAAUAUAGUUGGCUAAACAACUGGAAUGGUCUUCAAAAUAUUUGACAGUUGAUGUAUAAAUUAUUGUAUGGUUACAGAAAACUGUCUUGCAGGAGUCAGAAGUAACAGCAUCACAUUUGAGGUAGCUACCACCACCAUAAUAAGUUAGCCCCUUAUAUGGUCAAUGAAAUAAAAAAUAUCUUACAUUUAGCCCCUAUUUUUAUUUGAUUUUUGCAAGUUAAAUAUUAAUACUAUUAUAGAUCAAAUAUAUUUACCCCAUAAUAUUAUCAAAACUUACUUGACUUUAUAUAGUCGGUGGGCUCAAAUGUCUUGUGCUUUGGGCUCAAAAGUGUGGCCUCCAGGGUUCAAGAAAUCAUCUGUGCAUGUGAUUGAGGAGUGUACUUGCAUUAAAUCUGGUUGUUUUAGCAAAGAUUAUGCUACAAUAUAUUUCCCCCAACUAUAUUUAAGUUCCCUGUUGAGAGCCAACCUUCAAUUUUGUAAAUUUCAGAUUUAUUCCUGUUAAUUCCCAUAUAUUCCCGUUAAUUCUCACAUAUUCCCGUUAAUUCCCACAUAUUCCCGUUAAUUCCCAUAUAUUCCCAUUAAUUCCCAAGGAAAGUUUCCAGCUUUGAAAAUUUCCAGAAUUUUGCAACCCUAAGAAUGACUGUACAGAGUAAUCGUUCAUCAUACAAUGAUUAACCCUCUUGAAUCCAUCAGAACCAGUAAAUUCUGUCUAAACAGUUUGUGUCUGUCAGGGAUUGUGGAGGUCCUCAUGUGUCGACAGAAAGCCAGAAACGCUCUGGGACACAUGUUUGUGUCACAGGUGAGCACAUGCAGAAACACACAUGCACACACACACAACACCAAACACACACACAAGCUCUCUCUGACGGUGUGUGUGUGUGUGUGUGUACAGAUGAGGGAGCUGGUGUCCUCUCUGUCCUCUGACUCAGCAGCUCGUGUGGUCGUCUUCAGGAGUCUGGUUCCAGGUGUUUUCUGCGCAGGUGAGACUUCACUUUGUGUGUGUCUGUGUAUUUGUGUGUGUGAGAUGAUGUACCACAGGUAAACACAGAGCCAGGUGUGCGUUUGUGUGUGUUUCUCUAACAGGAGCAGACCUGAAGGAGCGUGCUCUGAUGGAUCACACAGAGUCUGAUCUGUUUGUUCACGGCCUCAGAUCCCUUAUGACACAGAUAGGUCAGAGGUCAUGAUGUUAUUUAUUGGCUUUAUUACUCAUUAAUUUAUGAAUAAAUAUAAAAGUACUGAUCCUUUUACAGAAAUGAAGCUCCAAAAAGAUAAAUGAAUGUCUUUGAUUUGAUUUGAUACAAACUUGACUGUGCAGAACUCAACAGUCUUGAUUUCUCCUUCCUCUCCUCCUGCAGCCUUGUUGCCCAUGCCGACCAUCGCAGCGGUGGACGGUGUUGCUGUGGGAGGGGGGUUGGAGCUCGCCUUAGCCUGCGACCUCCGCACUGCAGGUGAGCUUCAGUGAGCUUCAAAUCUUCUUACUGCCACUGAAUACAUUGAACUGAUCUGAUCGGUCUACUCUGAUCUGAUCGGUCUGUUCUCCAAAGCAACAGUCUGGUGGAGAGGAGACUGCCUGACAUGAAGCAGAGAAACAUCCUUAACAUAAGAAUCAGUCUGAGGACUGUUGAAAAGUGUUACCAUCUUGAACUGUUCAAGGAGAGUAACGUGUAGCGACCAGAGAGUCUUUAAACCUGAGGAUAGCUUUAGUAAAAGCUGACAGAGACCAAGACAUUUGUUGUUGCUGAGUGUGUGUGUGUCAUUAACAACUUCCUGCUGAUAAACAAACACACAUCUGUCCAGUUGUUCACGGAGCUGGGUCCUUCUCUGGUUGGUUACACCGCUCUGUUAUUGGCUGAGCUAUGAUGGGUUAGUGUGUGUGCUUGUGUGUUUGUGUGUGUAUCCCUAACCUUCAUUGUCCUCUGUGUUUCUGUCUUAGCAUCCUCAGCUCAGAUGGGACUGAUUGAGACGACACGGGGUCUGCUCCCAGGGGCUGGUAAUAUGCACAUACAUGAGCACACAAACACAUGUACGCAUGCAAGCGUACACACACACACACACACACACACACACACACACACACACACACACACACACACACACACACACGCACACACCUGCAGAGUAUAACAUGAGGAGGAGGGGGUCAGAACUACUGUGAUAGGUUGACCUUCACCUGCUUUGUCCUGCAGGGGGCAGUCAGCGUCUGCCGAGGACGAUCGGGAUCACUCUGGCCAAAGAGCUCAUCUUUACAGGUGAGAAACUGACAUUUAAAACAGAAACAGAAACAUUUCAUUUCACUAUAGUAACAUUAAAAAAUACAACUUAAAAAUACUCAAGAAACAUUCAAAGAAAUAUUUUAGAAAUAUUGAAAAAAUGUAUUGAACCUGUUCAAAACAUUUCAGAAAUGUUAUAGUUAUCCAUUUAUAAAGAUAUGAAUCUAUAUAGAUAUUGAUUUGCAGUAUUUGUCCUUUUUCAUGAUUAAUGCUCUUUAGAGCACCUGGCCACUGAGAACACAUGACUUCCUCUGGCCUUUUUACUCACUGAAUCAUGACUGAAACAAGGCUGUAACAAUAAAGAGGUUUGACAGAAAUAUUACAAAACUAUAGGAGGACUUAUCAGAAACAAAGACACAUAACAGGAUCCUCGAAGAUAUUUCCAGAUAAGUGACAGAGAUGCUGCAGACUCAGGAGGCUCCCUCACUCUUCCCCCUCUCUCCUCGUUCUCCCUCUGUAAUCAGGGAGGUGUGUAGGGGGGCUCUCAGCCCUACAGAUGGGUCUUGUAAACAGAUCAGUGGAUCAGAAUCAGACAGGAGACGCUGCCUACAGAGAAGCUCUGAGCCUGGCCAGAGAGAUCCUCCCGCAGGUCAGGGUGCACACACACAUGCACAUACACACCAUAAACACACACACACCCAUUCCUCCUCUUCCACUCUUCGCUCUGUGUUCUCCUCUUCAGGCCUCUGUCAUUCCUUGCUUCUUUCGCUUCAGUUCAGAUGCUGCAGUUCAGAGCUGAAGAUCCAGUCAAGUGGAGAGUAAACACACACACACACACAAGAGUUGAUGUGAAUUUACUGACUGUAGUUUGCAUUAAAGUACUAUAUAGAGAGAAUGAGCUUGUUGUGGUUACAGGGGAAAUACAGAAGUUGCUUCAUUUGACUGAGUUCACAGCCAGAAACAAAAUACAGUUUGGAGGUCACAGCUAAUAGUUCUGCAAAACUGUACAGGGUAAAAUGUUGAUAAAAAGCAGAAUCUAAUGGUUUGCAAACAUUUUAAAGGCUAUAAUUAAUUCAAAAUUGUGAAAAGAGGCAUGUGUAAUGUUGAGACUGAAAAAAAAAUGCCCUUUCUUCAUUAUAAAUUUGAUGUCAGCAACAUGUUUCUAAAAAUUAAAAGAGGGACAACCAAACAGGUAAAAAGUUGUCAUGCUAAAAAAAAAGAACAGCUGAAAAACGUCAUCUACAGUACAAAAUCUGACAGUCUUUCUGUGAACAAUGGACUCUACAUCCUCCUGUCUAGGCUACAAUAGUGCCAAACAAUAUCUACAGGUUUAGGAGCAACAUGUGCCGCUGCCAUCCAGACAAUGACUUUUUAAGGGAAGACCUUCAAACUGCAGCAAGACAAUGACAAACCACAACUUCCCUAACCUAACCCUAACUUCUCUUGAACUUUUUGAUAUUAAAGAAACAAACUUGCUGAGAUUUGAGUUUUUUUCCAGUGUAACACCACACUGAUCACCUGUUUUCUCCUGAAACCUUUUGUGUGUAUCUUCAGGCCCCGCUGGCAGUGCGUCAGGCCAAAGAGGCAAUGAACAGAGGAGUAGAGGUACAUCCACUCUUACAGACUGUUUUUAUUUCUGGAUUAUAAGCCAUGUGACUGAGGUGUGUUUCCUGCAGGUGAACAUAAGUUCAGCUAUGGCUAUAGAGAGGAUGUGCUACGCGCAGGUGAGCCUUUUAUUUUCUGUGAGAUGUUGUUUCUUUUAACCUGAUUCCCAAAACAAGAAGGGAUCAUGUAGUGAACAGGUGGUGAUUUAAAUGAAAGCUGAAGCUGUGUGGAGUCAGAUCAUUUCUUUCUGUAGGUGAUCCCGACACAGGACAGACAGGAAGGGAUGGCAGCUUUCAUAGAGAAGAGACCCCCUCGAUACACUGGAAAGUGACACUAAACAUACACACAUAAACACACAUCCACUUUGAGGAUGAUCUUUUACUGGUCAAACAACUCUCUGAUUUUUAGAAAUGAACUUAUUGAUGACGUUACUUAAUUUCAUGGGAAGCUGCUGUUUGUAAUAAAACACUCACACACCCUC